CAUUUCCCCCUCUCAAACCUUUUGUACCUUUUCUUCUUGACUCCUUCGCUUUUGAAACCUCUCUUUUCGACCUGUGUUGCUGUCGUACGCACGCCUGUCUUUUGGUCUGCUCACUUAUACAGACGCGGAGCCAUCUCCAAAUUGUCGGGUGGUUUUCAGGGCACCCCCAAAGCCGCUGCGCUGGGCUCGAAAACAAGCAUGAUUUGACCGAACAAACGAAAAACGAAUGGAUUUCACGAAAAAUCGUGACAGCCUUCACUGGCACCUCAAAGACAACCCAGAACGAACUUGAGACGGCGCUGGCUGUUCUGGCCAUGACGGCCUGCCUGACAAGGAUCCAUCCACUGGCAUCCACUCGGGAAGCGCCAGUGGUGGGUGGACAGCCCGCAUCAGGCGCCACCGCAGACCAACCCCGGACUUAAAGCCGAUAACUCUUGUGUCUGCGCCUCUCUCAAGGAGAAACAAGCAAAGACAAGUUUAUGUUUCUCUGACCCGAAAGAAUGGUUAUUGAGCAUACUGGCUGCUAAUUUGGGAGCACCUGCCCAGUCACUGCUCCGAGGGGCUUGUCCUGUUCCUGGUGGCGAAUGGCCUGUUUCUCUGUAGGGGUCUGCCUUUGCGGUAUGGCCGUGGAGGGUCACCCCAAUGGAAAGCUAUUCCAGCUGUUCCGGCCAUUGCUAUGAACACAGGAGCCAAAAGGCCAGUCAGCUACCACUAUCGAUCGUGUUUGGCCACGUUCUCAAUGAGAUAGUGCUCGCACAAGUGUGCUGAGGCAAUGUUGGUCUCGAACGAAUCGUUACAUUGGGUAUUUGGCCCGAAACUGUGCGACACAUAUGCUACGUGCGCGCGCGGAUUACGUCCACUGAGAUACGUGGAUAAAUACAGGAGCAUAGUGCUGGACGAUUUGCACACGAGGCGUACUAGGUACUUUGACAGCACCGACAUACUCUUCAAGAUUGGGCGUCAGAAUGUCUACAGUUGCGACAAUGGUUCAGUGUUUUUCUCCGGUGCUUACACUACGAGCCUGGAAGCCUUUCGCCAUCCUCUCAGUAUCGGCCUGAAGAUCUGUAGCAAUUGAGAGCAUCAACUGGAGAAGUAACUCAGUUGCAACAAAACAGCCGGACUGGAGACAAGAUAAUGGCGAACUCUCGUCAUGGCGUUUCCCGGCCAGCUUCAAUAUCGCCAGCAGUCAAUUGUCAAUGCUCGCCAUGCAGUCAUGGACUUGAGCUUCAUUGAUGACUGGCAGAAGCAGGCCCCAUGGAAUCAUGGGGCAUUUUGAUCGAAGGCCUUUUGUUCGUUUGCCAGGCGCUUGUUGUCACAUGCAACAUCGCCAGGAAUGCCGCUUCCCAGGUUCAUGGAAGAAUGGGAUAGCAACAUGAUAACAGAUUCGGGCCCGCUGUUAGAAAUUGCUGUUACUUGCUAUGGUAGUCUUAUCUGAUACUGAGCUAACCUUAGUUCCUCACUAACGCAAAUAGCUGAUUCGUCUAGGUGCGCACAACUGGCUUGAUCUCGAAAUCACGCUAUACCAGGAACAGUCAAGCACCACGCACUGCAAAACAGACUCAGCCUCCCCCCGACUCUCAGAGAUGUCUUCGUCGUUCGCUGAAACCCAGGCCAAUCCGUUCAGACCUGACCCGACUCCACGAGCAUCCUUUGCAGUUUAUCGCGAACGCACUGCAAACACGCUCUCACUAUUUGGCUUAGGUGAGGCUAUCCUUUUUCUUGAUUUCUCAGCGCAUUGGUAGAAUCUCCGCUCCAAGUGGACGAUGAAAUGGGAUAGAUAGAGUUGUACUCCGUACGCUGUCGCUUCCUCGCUUCGCUUUCACUUUUGCCUACCCAUUCGGAUCCACUAUUUCUCUUGUCUUCCCUUUCCCCGUUGGUCACUCUUCGAGCGCCAGACUUUUAUUGGCUUGUCGAGGUCGCCUGCGCUUGGUUUGGUCUCAGUGCUGCGCGUCCUUGCCCUCCCAAGCACCAUCUCCCCGGCCUCCCAUGGUCCUGGCGCUGCUAACCUAACUCCCUACUGCUGACGGAGACCCGCCUGGCGAAAAAAUUCUCCCUCACUGGCUGGCUCAGCUCGUCCAUUACCCUGCUCUCCACUGCUGGCGGCGUCGCUUGCUGGGUUGCCUACUGAAAAGGUGGCUGCUAGCCUGCUACAGUGCUGUCCAGUCCGUUGUCCGCUGCCCGUCCGUUUGCUCUCUUGCUCCCGUCGCGCGGCUUUCGCUUUCUCCCUCUACCUUUCCAUCCAUUCUCACCCGACCCGUCAUUCCCAUCUAUCAUCUGCCGCUUGAUUGAAGCGCGUCGCCCUGCACCGACCACCGUGCCAACCAAUCCAAUCUGGGCGUUUUCUUAUUUCCCACUUUCCUGUCCCCUUUGCCUAAGCCCAUUCCCAGUACUGGCAGGCUGACACAAGGUCUUCUCGCUGGUCUGGUUCUGGUUCGGUCUGGUCUCUCGCACUACACUGCUCUCCACCAAACCCACGCCGCGACGCGACUUGUCCCAUCACCACCGUGUCACUGCCUCAUCUCCCACUCAUCGCUUCCUAUCUCAGCCUUCCGUCAUUGUAUCCUCGUCUUCUUGGCGCUCCUCCAUGGACGCUUUUCGCGUGCCUGCUGAUCGCUAACUCCGUCGCGCAUAGCCUGUUGGGUCGAUCGCCAUGAGCACCUGGAUGAACGACGCCGUCCCCAACCACAAUGGCAACGGCUUUCCACACAUGAACGACUCUAACGCUGCCGGUAGCAUGAUGGAUCCUUCCGCUUUCAUGGCUAAUCCGGGCCAAUUCAAUCCUGCUCAGUUUAAUCAGCAAAUGGGCGGCGCCAUGGCUAAUGGCCCUGGCUCCAUGCGCAAUGCUUCACCAUCUUUUCAGAAUCCUGUAUACCAGACCAAUCCCGUUAUCCCAUCGAAGCGGCCUCGUCCUCGCGAGGAUAGUCUCGCUGGUUCUCCUAGCCAAAAUCCCGGAAUGCUCCCAACGUCGCGCUCUGAGACGCCGCAGCAACAACCAUUUGCUGGAGGCUUUCAACCCGGCGCGGUUCAGCAAAACCCUGGACAAUUUUCUCAUCUUCAACCUAAUGGUUCCGCCAAUGCGAGCCCCUCUCCGAUAAUGAGCAACCAAAUGCGACCAGGAAGUGUUCCUCAACGGGUCGCGACCGCGUCACCACACCCAUUCUCUCCCAGUGGCCAGCAAUUCAACCCUCAGACAUCACCGAUACCGUCCGAACAUGGCACUCCUCAGCCAAACCCCUAUAUGCAAAAUAUGGCCCAAGGUUUCAACCCAAACUUUGCUCCAUCACCUUCGAACGCGCGACCUUCACCAAAUCCGAAUGCGAUGUCCGGCAACCAAAUUAUGGCGCAGCAGAUGGGUCAAAUGCCGCAACACAUGGGCCAGAUGCAAGGCAAUAUGUUCCCCCCUCAAAUGCAGCAGGGUCAACAACAACAGGGCACACCACAACAACAAGGCCAGCAGCAACAAGGGCAACAAACUCCUCAACGCCCGGGCAUGGCGGACGCGCAGAAAAUGGCCGCUUAUCAGAUGAGAUUGCAACAACAACUGCAAGGCAAUACUCAAAUCCAAGCACAGAUGCAGGCGCAAAAUAUGGGCCGCGGUAUGAUGCCUAAUAAGCCAGUACCCGGAAUGCCCAAUGGCCAGAUGCAGCAAGGAGGCAUGAGGCCUCAGCAGAGGAUGAUGGCUAACGUGAAUCCCGAGCAAUUUAUGAAGAAUCUUACGACACUAAUGAACUCAAAAGGCCUGCAAUUGGAUCCUAAUCCCAUGGUGAUGGACAGACCAGUUAAUCUCAUGGUGUUGUUUCAAGCGGUUCAGAAUAAGGGAGGAUACAAGCAGGCAACUACAACCCCUAACGGCUGGCCCCAUGUUGCUCAGAUGCUUGGCUUGCCACCCCAGAAUCCCAUUGUUCCGCAGACGUUGAAGACGAUCUAUGAACGCAACCUUUAUAAGUUCGAGGAAGUGUGGAUCGCUCAACAACAGAAGCAAAGGAUGAUGCAACAGCAACAGCAACAGCAACAAUCGCAGCAACAAUCCCAACAGCAACCACAACAGCCACAAACUCCAGGCACGCUCAUGGGACAAGCUACUCCCCAAAAGCAGAUGCAACCUGGACAACAGAUGACCCCUGGAGCCAUGGGCCAAUCUGGGCCUCCAGCUCAAAUGCAACAAACUCCCAUGAAGCAAAUGCAACCAGGACAGCCUCCAGUUAACGGAUUUUCCACAACCCAGCCUCAGAUGCAGCCGCAGCCUCCAGUGAUGCCAGGUCAAAAUCGCACCUUAUCGCAAACCAUCGACGCUUCUGCUGUGCCAGAGUUCCAGGGCGCCCCCUCUCCGGCAACCCGCAGGGCUGGAAGCAUAUCACAAAAUGAAGGACGUCAAGCCUCAGCAGCACCUGCGGUUGUGGAAAAAAUGCCUAGGCUCGCACCUCAAACUGACGAGUACAGCCCUUGUGCCCGCGAAUUAUCAACAUUUGGUGGUGUUGAUCUAAAUGCGUUUAGCAAACUUGGAGCGGAACUGGAACGCUGGAAGCCUGACGUACCUCCUCUUCAGGAACUGGGGAACAUCGAUAUCGGUGCUCUUACUAAGAGUUUGCAGAGCGGGAUUCAUGGCGAGACGCGCCUAGCCCUUGAUGUACUGGCAGCUGCAUCGUGCUCCAUGAACCAAUUGCAUUUUAUUCAGCUUCGGUACUGUGACGAGCUAAUAGAGGCUCUCAUCGAAUGUGCCGAGGAUCAAGUGGAGAUGCUGGCUGAGCAUACAGCCGAAGUCUCCGAUGAGAUUCAAAUAUCACCAUACGAAGACGUCUUGAGGGCCUGCCGUCUUGAAAGGUUUAAUGUCCGGGAUCUGCCAGUGUUUGGCACUCAAGAGUAUGAGCUCGACCGGGCCGUUGAUCGUCUAAUAUGCGUCACAACUAUUCUUCGAAACCUUUCGUUCCCCGGCGAACAGAACGAUAAUCAUUCUGUACUUGCCGAUGAGAUUGUUAUCAAAUUUGUCUGUGCUGUCAUAAGAUACCUCGGUACCCGAACUAUGCUUCUUCGAUCACACAACAAUACUCUCGAUUUCAUGAAGGAUGUUGUAAUUUUGCUCUCCAAUAUUGCAGGGUCUGUAGAGAUACCUGGACGCGAACAGGCUCUCUGCCUCUUGCAGUUUCUUCUGGCAUUUGCCCCGGCGCCCAACCCUUCAGUCACAGAUGGAACCUUAUUCUUUACGCAAUACGAACCAAGCUUGCACGCCUACCUGCCACAUGCUGUCGAUGCACUUGCGAAGCUACUAGCUCGUGAUGAACCCAAUCGGGGUCAUUACAAAGCUGUCUUCGCACUUGACUCGAACAGCAGCCCUCCUUAUGAGUUACUUACUCGUGCCUUCGGCUUGGCCAUAGCACCCAUACCCGAUAAGGCCAAGACACAGACGAGACAACCUAACCUCCCAUCCCUCGUCGAAGUUAGAAAGCCUUUCUUGAUGCAAGGGCUUCUUUCUGCUGAAAUCUUGGCUUCACUUGCUCCGGGCCAUGACAGCGGAGUCGCCCAAUCUUGGCUAUCGUCUGGCAAUGAUUUCGCCCAGAAUCUAUUCAGGCUUAUCCGGGAGCUCAGUCAACUAUACGAGCAACCCCAAGUUCAAGGUCCCCGAACAGCACCCCGAAAAGACCCUGAGCUGGUGUAUAUCGUCGUUGUUGCAGUUGCUCUAUUAAGACGACUUGCUGAGAAGGCCAGAGAUCCCAACGAUCCAACGUCAUCCAUACCCGCCAAAGCUAUGCCAGCACCUCAUGCUUUGCUUGAAGCGCUGUCAAUGCAAUCUGCUGAAUGGUCAAAGGAUGAAGUACUGCAAAAACUUUCAACCUUUUUUGCCCUUGGGAGGUGAUAGUCGCACCGGGAUUGUAUUUUUGGAUCAAAAUCUAUAGCAUUACCGCAUCUUCAAGCUUGUAUGUUAGUGUUUUGAGAAACAUGGGAUUGGUGUCUUGUCAUUUGAAGCGUGCGCUUCUCGUUUAGACUUGCAUUCUGGAGUCGAUGGUUUGGGGACAAGACAGGUGAUGAUGAAACUGCUUGUCUAUGUACAGGUGUAUAAAGGAAGUUGGAAUGGUGAACAAAUUCAGACAUUAGGGACAAACGAAAAUAUGCUUCUAUGAUGCGCUCGCAUUACUACAUGUAUUGUACAUCUUGUGUCGCCCCUUAUGGUGACUGGUCAAUAUGAUACAGUUUUGAUUCCUCCUAUAUGUUGAGUCAAGGAUAAGACCUGGCUAAUCCGUAUACAUCACUCAUGACCGGCUCUUCAAAAGCCGGUCUUCAGGAUCCA